GUUGAUAGUUUUGUUGGCGCAAAACACGAAAAUGUAUGAUCCCAAGAUUCUUUUUUUGGUUAAUAUACACUUAUUUCUUGAACAAAAUUAUCUUCCCCCUUCCGUUGUCAAGCACAAAAAUUAUUAUUUUUAGUUCUUAAUUUCCUUUUUCUUCUUUCUCAUCCCUUUACCGUAGACGGCCGUCGGUAAUUGCUCUCCCGUUUUGAUCGCUUUCGUAGAAUAUUCGAAGCUUUUGGCGUUGCAGAUUAUUGGGUUUCUUGAUUCCAUCUCAGUUGGGUCUCUGAUGCUCAAAGGCAUCAUUUGGAAGUUGAUGAAGGACAAGAGUAAAUAGUUAUUUGAAAAUUAAAGAAGAAUUGAAAUGCUGACAAAAUUCGAAGAAAACUGAAAUGCAGAGGCAAUGAGGGAUGGAGUUGGUAAUAACAUGAAGUCGAAAGAACAACAAAGCUCUGAUUCGAGGAAAUGCAGAGGCAAUGAGUUUGGUCGAGAGGUGUCCAAAAUUGCUGUGGCUCAAAUGUGUAACAGUGUAGGGUUUCAAAGCUUUAAGGAGUCUGCUCUAGACACACUGGCCGACAUUGCCAUUAAAUACCUUCAUCAGUUAGGGAAGAUUGCAACAUUUUAUGCUAAUUUAGCUGGUAGAAUAGAGUGCAAUGUCUUUGAUAUAAUCAGAGGGCUGGAAGAGUUGGAAUCAUCACAAGGGUUUCUGGGUGCUUGGCAAUCAGAUCAUUGUCUUGCCAAAUCGGGGUCAGUGAAAAACAUUGUUUGCUAUGUGAAUUCUGUUCAAGAGAUCCCUUUCGCUCAUCCACUACCAUGUUUCCCUGUGAUCAGAAAAAGGGAGUCAAUUCCUACCUUUGUUCAGAUCGGUGAAACCCCACCUAGCAAACAUAUUCCCAGUUGGUUGCCAGCAUUCCCUGAUGCCCAUACGUACAGUCAUUCAGCUUUAUGGAGGAGGAAGCCGAAAGAGCUGCGUGCCGAGAAGAUAGAACUUGCAAGGCAACGAAGGAAGGCGGAGAAAUCUUUGUUGGGUUUGCAACAGAGAUUGGUUUCCUGCGGUUCAGAAAGAAGUGGCAAUGGCGAGAUUGAGUUUUCAGGAGAUGAAAGUAAUUCAUUACUUGGGACAUGUUUUCAAGAGAUAGAAGAUGGAUUUGGAUUGCCUUAUGAAAACACUAGUCCCAAGGAUGGGAUAAGCCAUUUGUCUGUGCCAGAGGUGUUCGCUCCUGCCAUUGAGGUGAUAAAAGGCGGUGGCUGUCCUAAUAGUCAAGACGAGAAGGCAAAGAUUCUUCCUCGUGCGAGGCCUCUUGUUCAUUUUAAGUUAGAAACUUGCAAAACAUUUAUCGGAGGAUCUAUGAAUUCGAAUUCUAAAAUGGGAGGAAUUAGGGAAUCCGUGUUUUGGGUUAGACGAAACGACGAAAGAGAUCAAAAGCAUAAUAACGAAAGAGAUGAAAAGAAGAGGAGAGUUGAAUACAUUCUCAAACAUUCUAUAGAGAAGCCAGAAGAACUCAAUCAAUCAUAAUUAUUGCCAGUUGCUUGCUUCAAUGUGUUAAACUUAAAGCCCUUUCUGAAUCUCUCUUUUCUCUAUUCAAUUUUGCAAUGGCAGAUUGACCUGUGAUCUAAACUCAAAAAAUUAAUUUCUUCCCCUCUUUUUCUUGUUUCA